CGUGCAGCACCGCAAUCCACAGCCAUCCCCCUCCUGGAGCGUGUCCCCUUUUGGAGAACGUCCAGUUUCGCAGAAGUUUUUUCUCCUUCUUUUCCCUCCCGUUCAUGCAGACUGAUCUCCCAGCAGCACAUCCAGGCUUUUCCUUGCGAGCCCGUCCCCGCUGGAUCAUGAGGUGCUUGACGGUCUAUCGCUGACUGCAACAACCCCGGCUCAUCCGGUCCGCCACGUUUCUACUGCCCGUUUCGCCCUCGCGCAUCAAAAUCUCUCCCUGCUACAUACACCCUGACACCCGCGAGCCAUCCCAUCCCAUCACGAGCACCACCAAUUUCUGCCACCGGUCCCAAUCUCGGCCACGCUUCCCGAAGACCCCGAUUCUUUCUGUUCGCCAUCGCCGCCGUCGCAACUUGAAUAGAAGAUUGCAAUUCUUUCACCGUACGCGCCUGGCUCACAAGGAAGACGGACGGCUUGCUUGGCUUUCGAAACAACAGCACGAGCCACAGCAUCAAAGGCGCUUUUCCCCCCAAGUCCCGCCAUCCUUUUGUUGGCCCCGGACUAUUUUUACUCGACGACACGUAUACGAUCCGAGUUGUUGCUUUGGGUAGUCUAGGCCGUAUUCACUGCCCUGGUGUCGAAUCGGUGACGGUACCGGACGGGGCCAGCCUGGCGAACGCAAGUGGGUUGAUCGGGCGCUGCCCGGAAUCCCCUCCUCGACAUGGCUUCUCCACCAAUGGCAGAAGAGGGGAACGAUAACUUGGGGCCGGAAAUAUCGAUGCAGAGGACACGAUGGGCCACCCGGAAGAUGACGGUGAAGAGUGGGACGAAGAAGCGUCUAUCACUGAUAGGCAGGAAACAACACAACCGGACCGCGUCGGAAAAGAAGAGGGCAUCUGGAGGAGCAGGUUCGCUACAGCAGCCCGAGGAGGCUGUCCCAGAAGAAGCAGAGGUCGAUACCCAGAGCGAGAGUGCGCACGACGAGGGCGGCCCUGCUCCAAGACAACUUUAUUUUGGCCAGCCGUUGCCACGCGAACUCCAAGACGAAGAAGGCAAGCCGGCUCGACAGUUUACGAGAAACAAGAUCCGAACGGCCAAGUACACGCCAUUAUCCUUUAUUCCUAAAAACCUUUUCUUUCAAUUUCACAAUGUCGCCAACAUAUUCUUCUUGUUCAUAGUGAUUCUAGUUAUUUUCCCUAUUUUUGGUGGUGUUAAUCCUGGACUAAACGCCGUACCCCUAAUUUUUAUUAUCUGCGUUACCGCAGUCAAGGACGCCAUCGAAGAUUACCGACGGACGAUCCUGGAUAAUGAGCUCAACAAUGCCCCCGUUCAUCGGUUACUCGGGGUCGAGAAUGUGAAUGUGGAGGAGGACAACGUUUCUCUUUGGCGGAGGAUAAAGAAGGCAACUUCGCGGUUCUUUGGAGCUCUCUGGCGUGCCAUCGAGGGGUUAUGGAAGAAGGACGAACACGCUGCCGAGGAGAAGUCGAAGUCGGUCGAUCCGCGCAUGUCGAUUGAGACCAGGACGACACCCUGGGAGGCGGUCGCAUCACCCAUGUCACGAAACUCGUUUGUCUCGGCUCGAGAAGAAAUUCAAAUGACGCCAGUACCAUCGCCGUUGCCACGAAAUCAUGAAGAGGCUCCCAGCACCUCUACCGCCGUGGAAAAUGAGGGCCUUCUUCUCCAAGCGCUCAAGGGUGAUAUGAUAAACCCAGACGUUCCGAUCUCUGGUAAGGCCAGGUUUCACAGGGAUGCUUGGAAGAGCUUGGUUGUGGGCGAUUUUGUCCGUAUCUACAACGACGACGAACUUCCGGCCGAUAUCAUCAUUCUCGCGACUUCGGAUCCCGAUGGUGCAUGCUACGUGGAAACCAAGAACCUGGAUGGUGAAACCAACUUGAAAGUUCGGUCCGCCCUUCGAUGUGGUCGUACUCUGAAGCAUGCCCGUGAUUGCGAACGAGCUCGGUUCGUGAUUGAAAGCGAGCCGCCUCAGGCAAAUCUCUACAAGUACAAUGGUGCGAUCAAGUGGCAGCAAAAGGUACCCUGGGAUCCAAAAGGGGAGCCCAGGGAGAUGUCGGAACCUAUCAGCAUCGACAACAUGCUUCUCCGCGGAUGCAAUCUGCGCAAUACUGAGUGGGCUCUCGGCAUCGUUGUCUUCACCGGCCACGACACCAAGAUCAUGAUGAAUGCAGGUAUCACGCCCAGUAAGCGGGCCCGCAUCGCUCGCGAGCUGAACUUCAACGUCAUCUGCAAUCUGGGUAUUCUCGUGGCGAUCUGCUUGGUGGCUGCUUUUGUGAACGGUGUUACCUGGGCCAAGGACGAUGCUUCGCUCGCUUGGUUUGAAUAUGGCUCCAUCGGCUCAACGCCGGAACUGACGGGGUUCAUCACAUUCUGGGCUGCUGUCAUCGUCUUCCAGAACUUGAUUCCGAUUUCCCUGUACAUUUCGCUCGAAAUUGUACGGACGCUACAGGCCUACUUCAUCUACAGCGACAUUGGGAUGUACUAUGAUAAGAUCGAUCAGCCUUGUAUCCCCAAGUCCUGGAAUAUCUCUGAUGACGUCGGUCAAAUUGAAUACAUCUUCUCGGACAAGACAGGCACACUCACGCAAAACGUCAUGGAGUUCAAGAAAGCCACGAUCAACGGUCAACCUUACGGCGAGGCCUACACGGAGGCACAGGCCGGCAUGAACAAGCGUAUGGGCAUCGACGUUGAGAACGAGGCGAAGGUGAUCCGGGCCGAGAUCGCCGCAGCCAAGGUGAGGGCCCUGGAAGGCCUUCGUUCGCUCCAUGAGAACCCGUACCUGCAUGACGAGGACUUGACCUUCAUUGCCCCUGAUUUUGUGGAGGAUCUCGCUGGUAAGAACGGCAGGGAACAGCAAGAGGCAAACGCGCAUUUCAUGCUGGCCCUUGCUCUCUGUCACACAGUGAUCGCGGAGAAGGUUCCCGGCAACCCUCCUAAGAUGGAAUUCAAGGCUCAAUCUCCAGAUGAGGCUGCCCUGGUGGCAACCGCCCGCGAUAUGGGUUUCACAGUCCUCGGCUCCGCCAACGAUGGGAUCAACGUCAACGUCAUGGGCGAGGACAGGCAUUACCCGGUUCUCAACACCAUCGAAUUCAACUCUAGCAGAAAGAGGAUGAGCGCAAUCGUGAGGAUGCCCGACGGCAAGAUCAUCUUGUUCUGCAAGGGUGCCGACAGCAUCAUUUACUCGCGUCUCAAGAAAGGAGAACAGCAGGAACUUCGCAAGGAAACCGCCAAACAUCUCGAGAUGUUCGCCAUCGAGGGUCUCCGUACUUUGUGCAUUGCACAAAAGGAGCUCUCCGAGGAAGAAUACCGCGAGUGGCGAAAGGAGCACGACCUUGCCGCCACCGCGCUGGAAAACCGCGAGGACAGGCUCGAGGAGGUUGCUGAUAAGAUCGAGCGUGACUUGACCCUGCUGGGCGGCACGGCUAUUGAAGACAGACUUCAGGACGGUGUCCCUGACACCAUCGCUCUUCUCGGCGAUGCCGGCAUCAAGCUCUGGGUCCUGACUGGCGACAAGGUCGAAACGGCCAUCAACAUCGGUUUCUCUUGCAACCUCUUGCACAACGACAUGGACCUUCUUCGCAUCCAGGUUAACGAGGAUGAAAGUGGCAUGUCUUCGGAAGAGGAUUAUCUGGCGCACGCUGAAGAACAACUCGACAACGGUUUGGCCAAGUUUCAGAUGACUGGCAGUGACGAAGAGCUUAAGAUGGCUAAGAAGGACCACGAACCCCCGGCCGCUACUCACGGUCUCGUCAUCGACGGUUUCACCCUCCGCUGGGUGCUCAGCGAUGCUCUGAAGCAGAAGUUCUUGCUCUUGUGCAAGCAGUGCAAGUCAGUUCUCUGCUGCCGUGUCAGUCCCGCCCAAAAAGCCGCCGUGGUUGCCAUGGUCAAGAAUGGUCUCGAUGUCAUGACCCUGUCGAUUGGUGAUGGUGCCAACGAUGUGGCCAUGAUCCAGGAAGCCGACGUUGGUGUCGGUAUUGCUGGUGUCGAAGGUCGUCAAGCCGUCAUGUCUUCGGAUUAUGCCAUUGGACAGUUCCGCUUCUUGCAGAGGCUUGUUCUUGUUCACGGCCGAUGGUCCUACCGGCGCUUGGCAGAGUCGAUUAGCAACUUCUUCUACAAGAACAUGAUUUGGACCUUUGCCAUUUUCUGGUUCCAAAUCUACUGCAACUUCGACAUCGCUUACAUCUACGAGUAUACCUAUAUCCUAAUGUUCAAUCUCUUCUUCACCUCGGUGCCGGUCAUUCUCAUGGGUGUGUUGGACCAGGAUGUGUCGGACACUGUGUCGUUGGUGGUGCCUCAGCUCUAUCGACGUGGCAUUGAGCGCAAGGAAUGGACACAGACCAAGUUCUGGGCAUAUAUGGCUGAUGGUGUCUACCAGUCCGCCGCUUGUUUCUUCAUCCCAUUCGUGUUCGUCACCUUGACGGCCACAGCAGCCGGCAACGGACUGGACAUCGCAGAGCGCACCCGUCUUGGGUGCUACAUUGCCCACCCGGCCGUCUUCACGAUCAAUGCCUACAUUCUCAUCAACACCUACCGAUGGGAUUGGCUGACAUUGCUCGCCAUAGUAAUCAGCGACAUCUUCAUCUUCUUCUGGACUGGAGUGUACACGGCUAGUACCUACGCUGUCACGUUCUACCAAGCCGCCCCCCAGGUUUACCAGGAGUUGACCUUUUGGAUGUGUUUCAUUGUCACGCCGGCUAUUUGCUUGCUUCCGCGUCUCGUGGUCAAAUGCAUUCAGAAGCAGACGUUCCCUUACGAUGUGGACAUCAUUCGGGAGCAGGCCAAGCAGGGCUUGUUCGAUGACCCGCAGGCUGUUGCGACUGCAGCUGCCGCGUCCGAGGGUCUCGAGGGUACCUCUACGGGCUCUUUAGCCUCUUCGGGCAAGAUGUCGGGCAGAAGCCGCAAGUCUAAGCACGCUCAAUAUGCAAGCGUGGACGAAGACAGGCGGCCUAUCUAUCCUCCCUCCAUCGCAGCCACGCACAACACACGCGCACAGAACGGCAGCGAUGGCACCAACUACAUCAUGCAAAACCGGCAGUCCAUGGAUCUCCCUGAGGCCGAGCCGGUUGACAGCAUUCAAAGAGAAAUUACCGGACCUGGCCGGCCCUCGAUAGACCGUGCCAGGCCGUCGUAUGACCGAGUGAGGCGAUCCAUAGAUCGGGUCCGUCCCAGCUUCGAGGCCAGUAACGACUUCACCUCGGCGGCGCGGCUCAGUAGGAUUGAGUCGAGCCAUUCGGCUCAAGGACUGCCGGGGCAGCGAAGGUUCAACCUGACCACGGUCAGGAAACGAGGGUUAUCGGCAUUCUCCAAGCAAAGCAUUGAAUGAUUUGGUGUUGUAGAGGCGUGUUUGCUCUUGGAGGUUGAAAAUUCGACUGUAUAUUAUAUUGGUUCCGGGACGACACACGCGUUGUUGCAGGGCAGCAUCGCUGCUCUUUCUCCCUCCGCUGUUCCUCGAUUUACCUCUGUGGUGUCUUUGAAUUUUUCUCUUUUUCCUUUUUUGUUCUUGAUAUCCCGGGUGUUUUUGCCACGUAGAGCUGUGUGGCGCACCCAUCGCGCCGUUUAGAGCUUGAAGAUGGUGAGGGUGGGGAUGGAAAAGAGAGGAAGGGGCUGAUUGGGAGGAAGGUUGUUUUUGGAGGUUGUAACUCAGAGAAGACUUGGCCUUUUGGUGGUGGUGGUGGUGGUGGGUGGUCAAGACAGAAUACUCUCCUUUUUUUGCGAGACACAAGUCGUUUCUGUUGUUUACUGUUUUCUGAGAUUAAUGAAGCCGGCGUUUGGAUGGUGCAUUUGCAAUUUUCUGGAGUUUGUACUUGCCUGGGGGG